AUGAUGAAUGAUACAUCGAAAGAAACUUCAUUUGUAACAAAUCCUGAAUCAAAACGAACUGGUCGUCGUCAACGUCGUCGUUCUAUUAUUCACGAAUUUUGUUUGAAUACAUCAACUCAUGCUCUACCAGGAAUUGCUCGCAGUGAAACUCUUCAUAAUCGUGUAUUUUGGUUGAUUUCAUUCCUGAUAUUUACUGGUAUAAUGAUCUAUUUUGUAGUUAAAUCAAUAAUGGCUUUUUUCGAUUAUCCAACAACAAUUGAUCUUACUUAUGAUAGUGAUUGGCAGCAAUAUUUUGCAGCAUUUAGUUUUUGUAAUAUGGCGCCAUUUCGUCUCGAUCUAAUGAUUGAACCACUUUCGAAUUAUGCAAAUUCUCUCGAUCUAACAAAUACAAACGAUACACAAUAUGUAUAUCAAUCGAGUUUUAUUUGGGAUUUUAUUGCUGAUAAAUUAAAUAAAAAUGAAUCAUUAGAAGAUUACUUUUUUCCAUUAUCAUCAAUGGUUCAUUUUUGUUUAUACAAUUUAAAAUCAUGUUCAUUAGACGAUUUUAUUUCAUUUGUAUCACCAGUAUAUGGCCAAUGUUAUACAUUUAAUGCUAAAUUAAAAAAUAGCACAGAUAAUAGUCUUCGAAGUGGUAAUUUUUAUGGUGGUGCAGGUAUACUCACUCUAGGUCUUUAUAUUCAUAGUUACCAGUAUUUAUCUUUAUUGACUGAUGCUGCUGGUAUAUUAGCUCUUGUCCAUGAUAAUAGACAAGUACCUACGAUUGAAACGAGUGGUGUCGAAUUAGGACCUGGUCGAAGACACAAAAUAUCGUACCGGAGAAAAAAAACUACAUUUUUAUCUUCACCUUAUAGUGAUUGUACAAAUGAAAUAUCUAAUUCAUUGAAUGCUAUACUUAAAAAUUAUGAUCCAGCAGAUUAUAAUUAUUCUCAAACUAUUUGCUUUCAAGUUUGUCAACAAAUUUUUGUUUAUGACGAAUGUGGUUGUAUUAAUCCAUAUGCAUGGAAUAUACGUUCGAUUGUUCGACCAGGUACCGAUAAAAUUAAUCUUGUACCGGUUUGCAAUAUUUCAGACAGUUGUUAUGAAACAGCAUCGGAUAAACUUUUUGCUUCGGCAAAAUUUUUUCAGAAUUAUUGUUCAGAUUGUUCACAAGAAUGUUUAAUAAACAAUUUUGUUGUUCAAACAUCAUCUUCAAUGUCGUCUUUUGAUUCGAUAAUAUAUAGUAUUAAAAAUUUUGUGGAAAACUCUACUGUGUUAUUACCUGAUGACUGGUCAACAUCAUGGCGUCAGUAUAUUGAUGAAAAUUAUCUAAUGGUAAAUGUUAUACGUGAAACACAUGUCGUAGAAAUAAAUACACAAACAUCAUCGGUCAGUUUAGUUGAUGUUCUUUCAAAUAUUGGAGGUCACGCAGGCCUAUGGAUUGGAAUUAGUUUUUUAUCAAUUAUGGAAUUAAUUGAAAUGAUCUUUCGAUUAUUUCGAUAUCAAUGGUAUUUGAUACGAGAAACAAUGCAAAGAAGAAUUAAUGUAAUAUAA